UCCUCCUCUUCUUCUUAAACAAACCACAAACGGAUGUGAGGGAAGGAAGGUGUUGCUUUGACUCCCCAGCCCAGACACCUCUCUCGGUUCCGUCGAAGCGUGUGUUUGUAUUGAGCACUUUUUUUUUUGUUGUUUUUGUUUUGUUUUGUUUUUUUUCUUUUUUUGGAAAAAAUAAAAAGAAGAAGAAAGGAAAAGCAAAGGAGUUGCUUGAUGUGAGAGUGCAAUGGACGUAAGGUUCUAUCCGCCUCCAGCUCAGCCCGCCGCUGCGCCCGACGCUCCCUGUCUGGGACCUUCUCCCUGCCUGGACCCCUACUAUUGCAACAAGUUUGACGGUGAGAACAUGUACAUGAACAUGACAGAGCCGAGCCAGGAGUAUGUGCCAGCCAGCCAGUCCUACCCUGGUCCAAGUCUGGAAAGUGAAGACUUUAACAUUCCACCCAUCACUCCUCCCUCCCUUCCCGACCACUCACUGGUACACCUGAAUGAAGUCGAGUCUGGUUACCAUUCUCUGUGUCACCCAAUGAACCACAAUGGCCUGCUCCCAUUCCAUGCCCAGAACAUGGACCUCCCUGAGAUCACCGUGUCCAACAUGCUGAGCCAGGAUGGGACGCUCCUCUCCAAUUCCAUCUCUGUGAUGCAAGAUAUACGGACCCCAGAAGGAGCUCAGUACAACUCGCAUCCCCAGAUGGCAGCCCUGAGACCCAGGGGCCAGGCUGCAGAGCUGAGGCAGCAGGCCCCCAUGCUGCAGCACGGCCAGCUGACCACUAUCAACCAAUCCCAGCUGAGCGCGCAGCUUGGUUUGAACAUGGCGGGAAGCAACGUCGCCCACAACUCACCCUCUCCACCUGGGAGCAAGUCUGCAACUCCUUCUCCAUCCAGCUCGGUGCAUGAAGAUGAAGGCGACGAUAGCUCUAAGGUCAAUGGUGGAGAGAAGCGGCCCGCCUCUGACAUGGGGAAGAAACCAAAAACUCCCAAGAAGAAGAAGAAGAAGGACCCCAAUGAGCCCCAGAAGCCUGUGUCUGCCUAUGCAUUAUUCUUUCGGGAUACUCAGGCUGCCAUCAAGGGCCAGAACCCAAAUGCUACCUUUGGUGAAGUGUCUAAAAUCGUGGCUUCAAUGUGGGAUGGUUUAGGAGAAGAGCAGAAACAGGUCUAUAAAAAGAAAACCGAGGCUGCAAAGAAGGAGUACCUGAAGCAACUUGCAGCGUACAGAGCCAGCCUGGUAUCCAAGAGCUACAGUGAACCCGUGGAUGUGAAGGCAUCUCAGUCUCCUCAGCUGAUCAACUCCAAGCCCUCCGUGUUCCACGGGCCCAGCCAGGCACAUUCGGCUCUGUACCUGAGUUCCCACUAUCACCAACAGCCAGGAAUGAAUCCUCACCUCACCGCCAUGCAUCCCAGCCUCCCCAGGAACAUCGCGCCCAAGCCGAACAACCAAAUGCCAGUGACUGUCUCUCUAGCCAACAUGGCUGUGUCGCCCCCGCCCCCCCUCCAGAUCAGCCCUCCUCUCCACCAGCACCUCAGCAUGCAGCAGCACCAGCCACUCGCCCUGCAGCAGCCCAUCGGGAACCAGCUCCCCAUGCAGGUCCAGUCUGCCUUACACUCCCCCACCAUGCAGCAAGGAUUUACUCUUCAACCUGACUAUCAGACAAUUAUCAACCCUACAUCCACAGCUGCACAAGUUGUCACCCAAGCAAUGGAGUAUGUGCGUUCUGGGUGCAGAAAUCCUGCCCCCCAGCCUGUGGACUGGAACAACGACUACUGCAGUAGUGGGGGUAUGCAGAGAGACAAAGCACUGUACCUUACCUGAAAAUCUAAACACCUCUCCUUUCCACUGAGGAAUUCAGGGAAGUCUCUCACCGGAUUGCUUUGUACAGUCAAAGCAGUUCUCCAUUUUAUUAGAAAUUACAAGUUGCUAAGCACUUAGGACCAUCUGAGCUUGUGGGUCACCCACUCUGGAAGAAAUAGUUAUGCUUCUUUAUUAUUUUUGUAACCCUUUAUGGACAUUGUUCUUCUUCUUCUUCUUCCCUGAAGGAAAUAUGGACCAUUCAAAUUUUAUGUUGGUUUUUUGCUGUGAAGUGCUAUGCUCUAGUAACGGCCUUAGCAAUGGUAGCUGUCUCGGGUAACAGUCCUGGGUUUUCCAUUGGUUUUCAUAAUGGGUGUUUAUAUGAAACUACUAAAGACUUUUUAAAUGGCUUGAUGUAGCAGUCAUAGCAAGUUUGUAAAUAGCAUCUGUUACACUCUCCUAGAGUAUAAAAAUGUGAAUGUUUUUGUAGCUAAAUUGUAAUUUGAAACUGGCUCAUCCCAGUUUAUUGGUUUCACAAGAGGAGUUAAAUUGGCAAACAUUCAUAUUUUUACUUCAUUUUUAAAACAACUGAUUAAUAGUUCUAUAUUUUCAAAAUGUUUGAAAAAGUAUUCCCAAGUGAUUUUACUUUAAAACCAAAUUGGCCUGGUCUCAUUAAUCAGACACAAGGAAAACUAAUGUUAAGGGAAGCGAGAACAUGUUUAUUUUGUACUGCAGGAAAAAAAAAUUGCUUUUUUUGUAUCACUUUUUGUGUAAUGGCUAGUAAAUGUCAUUUAAGUCCUUUUAUGUAUAAAACUGCCAAAUGCUUACCUGCUAUCUUAUUAGAUGCAGAAACAGAUUGGAAACAGCUAAAUUAUAACCUCUACUUAUGGCUCUGUAUUAUUGUUUCUUCAUACUGUGUCUGUAUUUAAUCUUUUUUUAUGAAACUUGUUGCGCCUAUUUAUGAAAUAAUAAAUAUAGGUGUUUGUAAGUAAAUUUGUUAGUAUUUGAAAGAGGUUUCUUUGAUGUUUUAACUUUUGCUGGCAAAAAAAAUAGUAAUUCACACUUGAGGUGAAUACUUUAUUGUUUAGUUUUACAGUGACACAAAUAAAGCCAAACCUGCUUUUCAUUUA